CCGGACAGUGAAAUACCUCUUCAAGUACAUUAAUAAGGGUAAUGAUCGGAUCACAGUAGCAUUCUCUGAGGCAUCCGACAAUCGUAAGGUAGAAAAGGUUGAUGAGAUCACAAUGUAUUACGAUUGUAGAUAUAUCUCUGCAUGUGAAGCGGCUUGGAGAAUCUUUGGAUUCCACAUUCAUUAUAGGGACGUUGCAGUUGAACGUCUAAGCUUUCAUCUCCCUGGGCAACAUAGUGUGUACUAUAAUCCUAAAGAGUCUGUUAGUUCUGUUCUUAGACGUCCUACAAUCCACAUUACUAAGUUUCUAGCUUGGAUGCAUGCAAACAGUGUGUAUCCUCAAGCUAGGAGCUUGACUUAUGCUGAAUUUCCUACCAAGUUCACGUGGAAAACCAAAACAAGAGAGUGGGUACCAAGACAAAGAAGCACCGCGAUUGGAAGACUAUACUUCAUGCGACCUGGAGCCGGAGAGAAAUAUUAUUUAAGGAUGCUCCUUGGUGUCGUGAAGGGGGCCAGGAGUUUUGAAGAACUCAGAACAGUUGAUGGAGUCAUACACUCGACGUUCAGAGAAGCUUGCUCUGCACGUAGUAUGUUAAAUGACGAUAAAGACUAUAUAUAUAUGGACUUAUAGAACAAAGUCAUUGGGCAACAACGCAUGAACUUCACGUCACAUUUGUUCAUCUUUUACUACAAGAGUCAUUAUCUAUGCCCAGUAUGGUUUGGGAGAAGUGUUGACCAUAUCUAUCUGAUGAUAUACUCUACACUAUUAGGAAGAAUCUCAAUGAUCAAGAACUGCAGCUUGAUGAGAAGCAAAUAAAGAAUUAUUGUUUGUUGGAAGUUGAAAAACUUAUACAACAUCGUGGAAAGUCUCUAUUCUACUAUGACGGAAUGCCUCGAGUGACAGAUCUUGACAUUCCCUCUCUGGAUGAUGUUUUGAUACACGAGGAAUUGAGAUAUGUCAGACUUGCUUUGGCGGAGGAACAUGCUAAAUUAAUUUCCGCCUUGACGGAGGAUCAAAGGCGUGUUUAUGAGACAAUAAUGAGUUCUGUAGAGGCCAACCGUGGCAGUGUGUUCUUCUUAUAUGGGCACGGCGGUACAGGGAAAACAUAUCUGUGGAAGACCUUAUCAGCAUAUAUAAGGCAUCAAGGAAAUAUUGUGUUGAACGUAGCUUCAAGUGCGAUCGCAUCAUUGCUCCUUCCAGGUGGAAGAACGACACAUUCCAGGUUUAAAAUCCCACUCACAGCAGCAGAAGAUUCAACUUGCAACAUAAAGCCAGGAAGUGCACUUGCGAAGCUAAUUCAAAAGACGAAAUUGAUUAUUUGGGACGAGGCACCCAUGAUUAAUAAGUACUGCUAUGAAGCUCUUGAUCGAACCAUGCGGGAUAUUCUUCGACAUUCAUACGGUUGUGAUGGGAGCAAACCUUUUGGUGGAAAGACAAUUGUCUUUGGCGGAGACUUUAGACAGAUUUUACCGAUAAUUCCAAAGGGUAGCAGGCAAGAAAUUGUGCUACCGACUUUAAACUCAUCCUUCAUUUGGCCCUUUUGCAAGGUACUAAGGCUAACGAAGAACAUGAGAGUGCGAAGUGGAUCAGACGAUGUUAACUCUGCAUACAUAAAAAGGUUCAUUGAUUGGAUUUUAAAGAUAGGGGACGGAGUUCUAGGUGACAAUGAGGAUGGAGAAUCAUAUAUUGACAUACCUGAAGAAUUCCUCGUGCCUUGGAUUUCUGAUCCAGUUACUUCUAUUGUCCAGAGUACAUAUCCCAAUUUCUUAGCACAAUGCACAUCACCGUCAUAUUUAAUGUCAAGAGCAAUAAUUGCGCUAACAGUUGAUGAGGUGGACAAGGUUAAUGAUUACAUGCUCGCACAACUACCAUCAGAGAUGAAGACAUAUUUCAGCUCCGAUUCUGCAUCAUUAUCUGAUUCUGAUAGUAGUUUGUUGCAAGAGAUCAAUUCUCCAGAAUUCCUUAAUGGAAUCAAAUGUUCCGGAGUACCUAGCCAUGAGCUCAAAUUAAAAGUGGGUGCCACUGUGAUGCUUAUGAGGAAUCUUGAUCAAUCAUUGGGUUUGUGUAAUGACACCCGACUUUUAGUGACCCGACUUGGAAAGCAUGUUAUUGAGGCCCAAAUGUUGUCAGGGCCAACUGACGGCCAAAAACAUUUCAUUCCCCGUCUUACCUUGACUCCUUCUGAUGUCAGACUGCCAUUCACCUUUCA